UCGCCACUCAUUAACGUGCCUUAUCUUCUUGCUACAUACUUACGCGUGUGCUUGUCCUUCCUUUCUUCAUUCAUUUUUCGCUACUUUCGAGAAGAGCGCUGGUACCUAGUAGCUAGACUACACCGAUUCAGCUUUGACAGCUACACAUUUCGAUCCGACCGAGCACCUUUACGUCAGUCCGGACUUCGUUCCUUUACCACUUCAAAAAUGCGCUCCUUCAUUGUUAUGGCCAUCGUGGCACUGUUCGCUCUUGCUUCCGCCAUGCCAAUUUCACCAUCAGCACCACGUCUUCAGAAACGGGCUGAGCAAUUCCGGCUGCAAGGACUAAGGGAGUUUGAGAUCGCCGAGAAGCUAUCAUCCUCUGCAUCAUCUGAAGUCGACCCAUGGCGCGUUCGAUUGAACAACAAAUUCCACGCUCUCUUCGAUCCCACAUCAACAGACGAUGAGGAAGACGCCUUUGUUGACGAGUCUGAAGACUUCUCUGGCGACGUAGCACCAGGAUCCUUGGAAUCACCGCAAACUCUUCCCAAGGCUUCAGAGGAAGACAGCUUCUUUGACAAGCUAUGUGCAAUGUUCCACCGAGCGGAAAGCAGCUUCGGAUACGAAGGCAAGGAGCUUGAGAUGCGUCGGCCUGAGGGCAUCAGGGACUGGAAGCGAUCAUAUGGAGGGUUCCGACGACGAUAGAGUUCAAUAUAAAUGUUGUUUCGUGUUCUACCUAAUGCCAUAACUACAGCCAAAUAAGUUCAAGGGGAUGGUAUAUUCCUGGAUGAAUCAUAGUGAUGGCGAAGACUGCUGCCUACCCGCCCUAGGUAUGUCUACGCCCGCUGAGUAAAGUAAUUGCCCAAUGACGAUGCCGCCAACGCCUCGUACCCAAAAUAUAUGUCGACAAUCAGACACCCAUUGUGAAAUCGUGCUCUAUACCUGGCGUUACACUAUGAGAUUGUUAGCUGAUAUGCCCU